CUUUUCUUAUAAUCCCCUUACUUUGAUUUGAUUAGAUAUCACCUGCAGCGACAGAGAAUUCUCCAACAUCGAAAGUCCCAAUCUUUCUUUCUUUAUUUGGUUCUUUAUUAAUGUAGCAUGAUGAAUAAAGGUUUGCAUGGGAUAUUUGAAGGGUUGAAGCAUGGCCUGCAGCUAGAUAACAGACUUACUAACUUGAUGCUUACUUGUACAUUUCAUUAUUGAUAUUGAGGAUUCGAUUUUCACAACAGCACCAUGACUUCUUCUGUGCGUGGCCGCUCAGAUGAUUCUUCAGAUAAUAGUGAAGCUAGUGAGCAGCAGAAACACUCAGAAAAUCAGAUCCAAUCAUCUCCUCCCGCAACUGUGGCAAUGCACCCUGGGAUCUCAACCCCAAAUACUCAAUAUGCAACAAUUCCUCAACUUGGUUCAACGCAUACUAUGGCAGCAGGAGCAGCAGCUUACCCGUACCCAGAUCCCUAUUAUAGAAGCAUAUUUGCUCCCUAUGAUACUCAGGCAUAUCCUCCACAGCCCUAUGGUGGACAGCCAAUGGUACAUCUUCAGCUAAUGGGAAUUCAGCAAGCUGGAGUUCCUUUGCCAUCUGAUGCAGUGGAGGAACCUGUAUUUGUCAAUGCAAAACAAUAUCAUGGCAUUUUGAGACGUCGGCAAUCCCGUGCAAAAGCGGAAUCAGAAAAUAAAGCCAUCAAGUCUCGUAAGCCAUACUUGCAUGAAUCUCGACAUCAACAUGCAUUGAGAAGAGCCAGAGGUCUGGGGGGUAGAUUUCUCAAUGCCAAGAAAAAUGAGCAUCAAGAACACAAUGGAAAAGCAUCGGAUGAGAAAUCGCAGUCAAAUAUUAAUCUCAACUCUGAUAAAAAUGAUAUUGCUUCCUCAGAUUGAAUAUCGUGAAUCGUGAUACGCUGGAAGGUGGUUGUACAGGCACUGGGUCAUCAAAGUAGGUAUCAUAGGCGAAAUCCAGGAAAGCCAUUCUCCCCGGUAGUCAGUAUUGCUUCACUCUGGCACUAUACUUACAAGUCAGUACUAUGUAUAGCUUUUUUCUAGUAGUAGCGGGAGUUUGUAGGAGGUUGCAAAGAUGAAGCAGACAGUGUAAUUAAGAGGCACGAAACCGAUAGUCAUAGUGGAUUCAUUCCUUUCUUUCUUUCAUGAGAGGAGUGAAGGUUAGAUUUAGUGUGUUAUUUUUUUUUUAAAAGAAGCCGGUCAUGAUCAAAAUAGAGGCUUUUCUAACUAGAAAAUUUGUAGCCGUGUUAAUGGAUUGGGUUGAGUUGUUUGUUUCAUUAGCUUAGUGAAGAUCAGGUUGGCGGUUGUUACUGUGUAGUAUUAGCUUAAUAUUGUCAGCUUUUUAUAAGUUGGAUGGUUUGAUUGCAAGUAUUACUCGUGGUACACUUUUGUGUGGCAGGCAUUCUUGAAUAGAUUCGAUUCAGCACAGGGUCCUUUGGUUA